AUGUCCUCCUCCGACAAAUCCUACACAAAAUCCGAAGUCGCCAAACACAACAAAGACAAAGACAUGCUCAUCAUCGUCGACGACUCUGUCUACGACGUCGGCGAGUUCGUCAACGAACACCCCGGCGGCGCGAAGAUUUUGAAGCGUGUGGCGGGGAAGGAUGCAAGCAAGCAGUUUUGGAAAUAUCACAAUGAGAGUGUGUUGAAGAAGUAUGCGCCGAAGUUGAGGGUUGGGAAGGUGAAGGAGGAGGCGAAGUUGUGA